AUGGCAUUGGAUGGCGUGACCCACCGGACGCUGGAAGUGAACGGCAUCAAGAUCCAUGUCGGCGAGAUCGGCAACGGUGCGGCCGGCACGGUCCUUCUCCUGCAUGGAUUCCUGGAGCUUUGGUGCUCGUGGCACCACCAGCUCCGAUUCCUCUCCGAGCGCGGCUACCGCUGCCUGGCCCCCGACCUCCGCGGCUAUGGCGACUCCGCCGCCCCGAUCUCCCCGUCGUCCUACAGUGCUUUCCACAUCGUAGGCGACCUGGUUGGACUCCUCGACGCCUUGUCCCUACCGCAGGUGUUUGUGGUGGGACAAGGCUGGGGAGCCCUGCUGGCGUGGAACCUCUGCAUGUUCCGCCCCGAGCGGGUGCGCGCGCUGGUCAACAUGAGCGUCGCCUUCAUGCCGCGCAACCCCUCCGUGAAGCCACUUGAGUUGUUUCGGCGGCUCUACGGCGACGGAUACUACCUCCUCCGGCUGCAGGAACACGGCGUCAUGGAGGCAGAGUUCGCGCAGAUGGACACCAAAUUCAUCUUUAAGAAGCUCCUGACGACUCGCGACACCGGCGCGAUCUCGCUGUCCAAAGAGUGGUGGGGCCCAAUGGACGAGGACAUUCCUUUGCCCCCGUGGGUAUCACAGGAUUACGUCGGCCAUCUCGCGGCCAAGUUCGACCAGACGGGGUUCUCCGGCGCCAUGAACUUCUACCGCUGCCUCGACCUGAACUGGGAGCUGACUGCGCCGUGGACUGCGGCCAAGGUGACGGUACCGACCAAGUUCAUGGCGGGGGAAUCGGCGAUGUCGUACAACUACACGGGGGUGCAGGAGUACAUACACAAGGGCGGCCUCAAGGGAGACGUGCCAGGGCUUGAGGAGGUGGUGGUAAUCGCCGGCGGUGCGCACUACAUCCACCUGGAGAAGGCAGAGGAGGUCAACGAGCACAUCUACGACUUCCUGAAAAAGUUCUGACGAAAGCGCAGCCUUGCGAGGUAUGGGGAUUAUUACUCCUGGUGAUCUACCGGGAUAGCUGUUUGCGCACAUGGAUGAUGGAAAUUCAAUAACAGUUCAUGUUUGAGUGUUUUCUCUUCACAAACUGAAAUAGAAAAUUGUGUUUUCUAAACAUAUGAUAAUUCGCACCAUAAUUCAUUUGGCAGGAAGGUUCUU